UAAGAUAUUCUCAUGGCUAAUAACAAAAUUCUUAGUGUUUUUCUCUUUGUGUUACUAGGUUUAGGCAUUUGUUCUGCAACUAGAGCCCUCCUCACUCUUGAAGGAGCUGGCCAUAGUCCCGGAACUGGCGUCGGGUAUGGUGGUAAUGUUGGUGGAGGAGGGACAGGUGGUGGUUCUGGAUAUGGAGCUGUAGGGGAACAUGGUGUUGUUGGCUAUGGAAGUGGUGGUGGGAGCGGAGAAGGUGGCGGAGCGGGCUAUGGAGCUGCUGGUGGACAUGGUGGAGGAUAUGGAAGCGGUGGUGGUGGUGGUGGAGCUAGUUAUGGUGCAGGAGGAGCUGGAUACGGAUCUGGCAGUGGUGAAGGAGGUGGUGCCGGAUAUGGAGCUGGUGGAGAACAUGGGGCAGGAUAUGGUGGUGGUGGAGGAAAAGGCAGUGGUGGUGGAGCUAGUUAUGGUGCAGGAGGAGCUGGAUACGGAUCUGGCAGUGGUGAAGGAGGUGGUGCCGGAUAUGGAGCUGGUGGAGAACAUGGGGCAGGAUAUGGUGGUGGUGGAGGAAAAGGCAGUGGUGCUGGAUAUGGUGCAGGAGGAGAGCAUGGUACUGGUUAUGGAAGUGGUGAAGGAGGUGGUGAAGGAUAUGGAGCUGGAUAUGGUGCUGGUGGAGGAGGAGGAAAAGGCGGUGGUGGUGGAUAUGGUGCAGGAGGAGAGCAUGGUGCUGGUUAUGGAGGUGGUGAAGGAGGAGGUCACGGUGGCGGCUAUGGUGCUGGCUAUGGAGGGGGAGGUGGUGGUGGGAGUGGUGGUGGUGGUGGAACAGGAUACGGUGCUGGUGGAGCACAUGGAAGUGGAUAUGGAAGUGGUGGGGGAGAUGGCGGAGGUAUCGGUAGUGGAGGCUAUGGUGGUGGAGGUGGUGAAGGAGGAGGUCACGGUGGCGGCUAUGGUGCUGGCUAUGGAGGGGGAGGUGGUGGUGGGAGCGGUGGUGGUGGUGGAACAGGAUACGGUGCUGGUGGAGCACAUGGAAGUGGAUAUGGAAGUGGUGGGGGAGCUGGCGGAGGUAUCGGUAGUGGAGGCUAUGGUGGUGGAGGUGGCUCUGGUGGUGGUGGCGGUUAUGGUGUUGGAGGUGAACAUGGGGCAGGAUAUGGAAGUGGUGGUGGUAGUGGUGAAGGUGGUGGCCAUGGUGGCUAUUCCCCUUGAAAAUACAAUUGCGCUAUCACAUUGCCUUAUCAGAAAACUUCUUACUUCUUACCCAUGCUAUAUAUUCAAAAAGAAGGGUAAUUUGGGUGGGAAGAAGCUUAAUUAUAUUAAUAUAAUUAAGUAUUUCAAUAUAUAUGCAAGAUGGGUGUACUUAAAAGGUUGUAAUCCAUAAAUAAGUAUUUCAAUAGAUCUUGUUCCUCUUUUUAUUUUA